GUCUCCCGGUGCGCGUGAGCCCUUUGCGAGUGUGUUCUCUGUCAGGAUCGAAAGCAUCCCGUGCGAGUCUUACGUUGCCGUUGUUUACGCGUGCACAGCUAAGUGCAUCCAGUGCUUGAUGGUGUACCGUUGGUGUUCUACGACCAAAUUGUGCAUUCGGUGCAUUCUAUGCAAAAAGUAAAAUAAUCCAAACAACACAGCAUCGUAUUGUUAUAUGAUUUUUGUGAUUUGUGACAAGAAUGGAAAUCAAAUAUGGUGUAUUUUGUCGUAGUGAAAAGUGCAUCUACAGUGAAUUGGUUUAGUGUGCCAAACGGUGCUGAAGUGUGCUGUUAGAAAGUGAAGAUUGGCUUGCAGUGAAGUGGUUUCGUAUGAGGCGAUUCGUAUUGUAAACACCUCCCUACACACAAACCUAACCCAGUGAUCUUUGGCAACAAUAUCAACCGGCAUCAACUGCCUGUCACUGCUGUGUUUACUGUCCAGUGUUCAUCGUUCAUAAUUUGAUCAAUUAUCUUUGCUUACUGCAAAAAUCGUCUACAUUCGAAAUCGGCCGCAUUUGUUGUUUGGGCAGCUCCGAGCCUUUUUACCUUGGCGUUGCUGCUGCAGUUCGAUCUUCCAAAAACGAGCGUGUUCAACGUGUAUUUACAACUCCUCCCGCGCGCAUCGUGUCCGGUCCGGCUGCACGCUCGAAAUCGGUGAUGAUGUGUUAAGUGGCGUACAGUGUGCGUGGUAAGCAGAAAGAAGAAGAAAAACCUCCCAGCAUAAGUGAAGAAAAAAGUGUAGUGAGAGAAGCAAAAUUAAGAGCAGCAAAAAUCCACCAAACCAAAGUGUCUGUGUUUGUGUGUGUACGAAAGUGAGGGCAAAGCAAGAUCAGAAGACGAAAAAGGAAAAAAAUCGUAUAACGAGCGACUGAGGCAAGGCAAAAGUAAGAAAAAAAAACCCAACGCUGCUCGAAAACUCAAGCAAGCAUAUCGAGAAACAGCAUAAGAAAAUUUGUGACGACCAGUGGUGAACGGGGCAAGGGAAGCCAGCGGAAAACAAGGAAAGAGUUUAAAGCCCCCACAACCCGGCACGAUGACGAAUUUAUGUGUUUACGUUGGAUUACUGCUGUCCCUGCUGGUGGCGGCCGGCGAGGCUCAUCUAAAUCUGUUUCUCAACGUGAUCGAAGUCCAGAGAUUACUAGGACUGAGUGCCGAGAUCUAUUACAUCCGUGAGGGUCAGGUGAAUGCGUACGCCCUACACUUUACCGUACCGGUGCCGGCCCACCUGGAGGAGAUCUCGUUUUCCUGGCAAAGUCUGGCGGACCGACCUCUGCCCUACCGGAUCCACAUCGACGCGCCCGAUCCGGAAGCCCUGCCCAAACCAUCGAUGAACAUCUCCACGCAGGGUGAAAUCCCCGAGCACAUCGAAACGUUCGCCAUCGGGUUAAGGUGCAGUGGCAUCGUAUCGGCCGAGGUGGAAGUAACCAUUACGAUCGAGAUCACGCUGGACCCUCUGACGGGCAAUACCACCGAGCUGCUGUUCCGUCGCAAGAAGAUAUGUCUCAUGAGCGAACAUCCCGAUGUGAAUCAACCCGAUCCUUAUCUGCUGGAGAACGCCUCGAACGGGCAGAACGGGCUGAUCACGAUCAUUAUCGGUGGCAUACUGGCGAUCCUGUUUGUGUCCAUCUUCAUCAUGAUAGCGUACUGUGUGCGAGGAUCCUUCAACCGGAAGCCCCAUCACGCCCAACCGAUCCGUACGUCCAGCUUCCAGCGCCUGCAGACUCACGCCCCGUCUGCGCCAUCCUCAAUCGUAUCACCACCCUCGAUCGCUCCGACCAUUGCGACCCUGUCACGCAACCGCAUCUACGCCAAUGCCGAACCGGAAGAGCUACAGCGUCGCAUCUCGGAACUCACCGUACAACGGUGUCGUGUGCGUCUUUCGAGCCUACUUCAGGAGGGAACCUUCGGACGGGUGUACCGUGGAAGCUACAACGACAGCCAGGAGGUGUUGGUGAAGACGGUUGGACCACACGCUUCGCAGGUGCAAGUCUCGCUGCUGCUACACGAAGGCAUGAGCCUGUACGGUGCCCAACAUCCGGGCAUUCUUUCCGUGCUGGGUGUAUCGAUCGACGACCAUACUGCGCCGUUCCUGCUCUAUCUGGCACCGGAGAACACGCGCAACUUGAAGAUCUUCCUGCAGGAACCGGUAGCGCGCACGCUUACUACGAUCCAGAUCGUUAAGAUACAGCUCCAGCUUGCUCAGGCGCUCGGCCAUCUGCACAGUCACGGUGUGAUUCACAAGGAUAUUGCGGCACGAAACUGCGUGAUUGACGAUCAGUUGCGCGUGAAGCUGGCAGACAACUCACUGUCGCGUGAUCUCUUCCCCGGUGACUACUACUGUCUGGGUGAUAGUGAAAACCGUCCGAUCAAGUGGCUGGCGCUCGAGUCGAUCCAGUUCAAGCAGUUCAGUGAAUCGUCCGACACCUGGGCGUUCGGUGUGCUUAUGUGGGAGCUGUGCACACUUGCCCGACAGCCUUACGCGGAGGUUGAUCCAUUCGAGAUGGAGCACUAUCUCCGCGAUGGCUACCGGUUAUCGCAACCCAUCAACUGUCCAGAUGAGCUGUUCGCAAUCAUGGCCUACUGCUGGACGAUGAUGCCGAUGGAGCGACCGUCGUUCGAGCAGCUCCAAAUCUGCCUGCAGGACUUCUACGCCCAGCUGACGCGCUACGUCUAGGGAUUGCCGAGUCCCGGCCAACGGUUCUACAUGUUUCCUACGCCCCGGGCACUAUCGUUAAGCUUUAGAUUUAGAGUGAAAAACCGAUCCCCCGCCACCGCCACAACCGCACCACAGCCCUGCCCGCCCCUGCUGCCCCCCGCCACUGCGCCGGCCGCCCGCGACAGCAACACGCUGCCCAGUGCCCAGGGCGUUUCGUGACACGGGGCGGCACCGUUGGCUGCCAUCGGCCAUGGACUGCUGCCGCCCACGCUGGCCUGGAGCUCCAUGACCGCGCUGGCAACCACAGCCAACGGUGCCAACCGUACGAAGGGUGGUAAAAAAGCUUUCACCAAGGAGCAGGCGCGCAAGGAUCAUCAUCACCAUCAUCAUCACCAUCAUCAGCAGCAGCAUCGUUUUCCGAAUUUCCGUACGGUUGGUCCAAGGAUUGGGAAGCAGCCGCUGGACAUGCACAUGCAAACCGGUAAUGGUGUUGGUGGGGGUGGUGGUGGCAGGGUGGGAUCGCUCGCUGUCCUGAGCCGGAAGGUGCUGGAGGAGAUGAGCGAAAGCGUCGAGGAUAGUGAGUCGUCGGUCCAACCGUACACUAUACCGUACGACUGCCGGUGAACUGUUGGCGCACGCACGGGAUAUUGAGCGUCGUCUAAGGUGUUUGUGUGUGUGUGUGCGUGUGUGUGAAUAUAUCGUGCCAAAUAAUUAUGGAAAAGAGUUUUAGGUCGGAAACGGUCGAUCGGAGUGUGAUCUUGCUCUUGGUCUUGGUCGGAUUCGUUCCCGGUUCCUGUUUUUGUUAGUGCUGGUAGAGUUUUUUAAGCUUUUUUCCGGGGGAAAUUCGCGAGGGAAAGGGGUGGGAUUUAGUCAGCGAAAACAGCAACGGGGAGAAAGUAGUAGUAAUUAGGUGCUGUAAGUGUGUUAGAACGAUCGUUUUCAAUCAUCUCAUAGGGAACGGUUCAUCAUCAUCAUCAUAAGAAUUCAUAUCCAUUCCGUGCAUCGAGAGGAAGGGAGAGCUGGGACGAGAGUGUGAAACGAGGCGGAAAGAAGAUUAUUUAAUCGGUAGAAAAGAAGUCGAAAUGGAGGGGCGUGCGCGUUUCUGCUGUCUCAUUUGCUGUAUAUAAUACCAAUUUGAUCGUAGUAAGAAAAUCGUUUAUAACAAUAAGGGAUGAAUGGAGGGAUGAAAAAAGCAAGAGGGAUGAAGACAUGCGACAGGCCGACAGCGCAAGUUUGCAAGUUAAAAGUUAUUUAUUUUUGCUAGAUAGUCGCUAAGCAGCAUCUUUUUUAUACAGACGUAACGUAGCAAGAAAUUGAGGUCAAUGAUUAACAAAAGGAAUAAAAGGAAGUAAGCGAUGCGCUCGAAUGUCAACACCAAUAAAUAACUGCAACAGUAAGGUCGGAGAACCAUUCUUAACCAAUUUCGAGAGGAAGAAACGGCCAACGACGCCGUCUCCUCCUUCGUGUAACUGUUUCACGAUAUGUACAUUUUGUUUAUUUUUUAAAUCAAUCAAAACCAUUUGUUGUAUCUUCCGCAUAAGUCCCAAUUCCGGUUCUUUGUUUCCGGUACAGUUUCUUCGUCAUAAUUAACCGCUCGACGUAUCGUAAACCUGUUAUAGAAACUGUCUAGCAAACUACUCCCUGGCAUAAUAAAGGAAGUAUUAAACUGAA